AUGUCAAAAAAGAUAAAGUUCUCGCUCGUCGAUGAGGAAAAAAUUAUAGAAUUUGUGAAGACCAAUGAAAUUCUCUACAAUGUGAGACACGCAAAGUUUCGCGAUGCUGAAGCAAAAAAUCGAUUGUGGUUGAAAUUGGCCGAAAGCAUGGGAAUGGAAGUGGAUGUGGUGAAAAAAAAGUGGGUCGCAAUGCGCGACUACUUUGUUCGGUCUCGCGAUAAAAAAGGCACAGGGUCAGCUGCAUCGUCAUCAGCAACAUCAAAACGAGACGAAUCACUCAUGUUUUUGUUGCAAACAUCCGUUUUAAGCCGAGCUUCGCUUUCAUCGAUGUCAAGCAGUCCAUCAACAAACACUGAAGACAAUGUGCAAACGGUUGGCGAAGACGUUUUGACACAACAAAUCGACAACUUUUCGACCGCUGACACACAAUCAAAUGCAUCGGGCUAUGAUGACCAACCAUUCUCACCUGGUUCAUCGGUUUCACAAACACCAUCGUCAAAUAAACGAAAGCGUGAAACGGAAACAAAUGACAUUUUGCGUGAAUUCAUGGCUACACGUCCAAAGCCUGCCGAUUUCUUCCCACCAAAAUCACCCGAUGAACUGGAUACCUUUUUCGAAUCGCUUGCGAAAACAAUGCGUAAGUUUUCUCCUUUGGUGAUUGCAAAACUCAAACUAAAAAUGAGUCAGAUGGUUGGUGAAGAAGAAAUUGCAUGGGCGGAAAAUUCAGCACGCAUUGAACAACAAAAUCUUGAAUUCAUUUAUUUGCCGGUGCAAACACCAUCUGAACCACAACAACAAGAACAACAACAACAGAUGGAUGAAUAA